AUGCCUGGUCUUACGCCCUACCCCCCUUUCCCUCAGGACAUCCAUACCUCUCCUCUCUUGGUGAUCGACCACGAGCUUAUUCAAGCUGGAGAUGCGGAUGAGAUUGAGAGGCUCUGGAAGGGUGCGACGGAAAUGGGGUUUUGGUAUCUCAUGAACCACGGCGUAUCUGAGGAAGCGGAAGGAAUGUUUGCGAUGGGCUAG